ACCCCUCCGGACCCAACUGCACGUCCUCAUCCUUCCCUGGCUGGCGAGGCGAUUCUGUGGAGUAGAGUGUUUUAUUGGCUGAGGCAGGCAUCGGGGCCGACCUGGUCUGUGGAGGUGGUCAAGCUCUGUGUGCAGAAGUUGAAAUACAUCCCAGGAAGAGAUUCAAGAAAUGUUCAGUGCCAACAGCAGGGAGAACACCAAUUAGCUGAGAUCAGCUGCAGUGCCAAUGCCCUCUGGACAGCCUGUAUUCCCUAGGAGGGUUCCUGAUGCAUACAUAGCAAUGCGUGGCCUUGUCGUGGCUUCACUGCUCAUUCUCCUGGUUGGUGGGACUGAUGCCUUUCGUAUCUGUGCCUUCAAUGCCCACAGACUGACACUGACCAAGGUAAUCAAGGAAUCAGUGAUGGAUACCUUAGUUCAGAUCCUAGCCCGAUGUGAUAUCAUGGUGCUUCAGGAGGUAGUAGAUUCUUCCCAGAAUACUGUCCUCUUUCUACUUCAAAAUCUUCAAAGUUCCAGGAGUUAUAGCUUCCUAAACAGCUCAUUGCUGGGGCGCAGCACAUACAAGGAAAAGUAUGUGUAUAUCUACAGGUCUGACAAGACACAGGUCCUAAAUUUCUACCAGUAUAAUGACACAGAAGACAUUUUUGCCCGAGAACCAUUUGUGGCCCAGUUCACCCUUCCUAGCAAAAUCCUUCCAAGUGUGGUGCUGGUUCCUCUCCACACCACUCCCAAAGAUGUAGAGAAGGAGCUCAAUGCCCUAUAUGAUGUGUUUCUGGAUGUCUCCCAGCGCUGGCAGAAUGAGAAUGUGAUUCUGCUUGGAGACUUCAAUGCAGACUGUGCAUCACUGGCAAAAAAACGUCUGAACAGCCUGCUACUCAGGACUAAGGCAGGCUUCCACUGGGUGAUUCCUGAUGGGGAGGACACUACAGUGCGGGCCAGCACUAACUGUACCUAUGACCGAAUUGUGAUGCAUGGGCAGGGUUGCCAGAAGCUGCUGAAGGCUGCAGCUACCUUUGACUUCCCCAGGAGGUUUCAGCUGACUGAGGAAGAGGCUCUUCGCAUCAGUGACCAUUAUCCUGUGGAAGUGGAACUGAACAAGGCAGCUCAGGGUAUCCCACCCCACUGUUUGUCCACUCUACUGCUGCUGUCACUAUCUCAGCUGGGCUAGAUAGCCAUUGACUUGAUUGACCACCACACUGGUAGUCUCCUGAAGCAAGACCUGAAGGUCAACUACAGCUUUUUUAAUGUAGUUUCUGCUGCUUGCUAUCCUAGGUAAGCCAGUGCUGGUAGUAUAACUCUGCUCUCUUGCCUGAUAAUCCAGUGACAAAGGAGGCUACAGUAGGAAUGGGCUCAGAUGAUACUUAAAAGAGAUUUCUGCAACUCACACAAAUGAGUUCACACUGAAAAAAAAAACUAAGAAAAACAUCCCCUAGGCUUGCUUCAAAAUUCUUAUGUCCACAUCUUCAUGCACUGGUAUUACAUUUAAAAUGUUCAAUAAAGCCACCAAUUUUAACCUUU